GACUGCCUUGCACUGGAUGGAGGAUACACGCUGCACUUGGAAGGCAUAAUAGCUGCAAGCGACACACUCACAUCAUCAAAUUUUUGCUACCCAAUCCGCAAGCGCAAGGGCAUUGAGUUGACAGAAGAGGAGAUCAGAUACAAUGCAGUGUUUGGCAGCUUUCGCUCUAAGGUCGAGAGUUACUUUGGAGAU